GCACAGACAAGGAGCAGGAAAUUGGGUGGGAGGUGGAAGAGUGAGGCUGUACUGCAUGCUUGAGACCCAGCAGUCAUAGGAAAUCAAACCAAAGUAAAACAAAGUAGAAUGAAUGGAUUAAAAAGAAAAAAAAAAAUGCAGAGGUAGGUUUUUUUAGUACUUUGUCUAUGGAGAAAUUAAAAAAUCAUAUAAUCAUACGAUAUUUUUUAUGUCACAUUAGAAUACCACUCUGAACUGUUCAGAAGUUCACAGCAACUCUUCACAAUUUCUUUGUAAAUAAAAAGAAAUAUUUUUUUCUCUUUACCUUUCUAAAUGGAGGUGCUUACAUACAUAAUAUACAGUGAGUGCUUAGUAUUCAAAUAGGUUUUUUGCUGGUGAGAAUUUUUUUCUGCUCCUUUGAUGUUUUCUUAAUUUGGAAAUAAAUCUAGCUUUAAACCUACUCAAAAAGAAAAAUAGUUGAUUUACAUGAUCAUUCUCCAUAUGAAUCAUAUACACUGAGAAUCUGCUUUGGGGUAAAACUAUUCUCUCUUCUCCUUUGUGCACUAUAACGUAUCUGUUUCUGCAGCAAUAAUUUAAAACUCCUAAAUGUUGCUAAUGAAAUCUUCUGUUAUUACAGUUCUGGGAAAGAGCUAUUUAAAUACAAAGUUUCUGAAAUGUAUGGCCUUGGGAAAUGCUAAAAAGGUGGCACUGAAUUCUUUGCAUUAGAGGGAGUAAUAUUAAUAAAAAAUAUUACUUAUGUAUUCUACGUGUGGGAAUUUUUUGUUACUAAAUGCUCCCAAGAUACAGUUCUUUUCUUAGAUGUGGUGGGAUUCUCUUGAGCAGAAAGCUCCAGAAUUAGCCGGUAUUUUCCAUCCCAAAUAUAUUCUUGUCUUUGUUAUUCACUGUACAUUUCUACUUCUUCUGUCCUCUUCUACCAAUAUACUGGACAUUUAAAUGUACAUAAAAUGUAAAUGUACAUUAAAGGUAAAUAAAGCAGAUUUGUAAGCAAAACAGGUGCCAGAUCUACAAAUCUGUAGCUUCUAAUAAGAAGUUUAUGGAGUUCUUACUCAUUUUGAUAAUUCUGCUCUUUUUUUUUUCUAGUACUCAUUCAAAGCAUAGCUGCAGAAGGAGUACAAUGAUAUCUACAGUCUACUAUGGGAUUAAUUGCUUGAAUUUACUGUCAAUGUGCUCUUGUGAAAAAAUGUUGUCUUGUUACGCCUUGCAGUUGCACACAGACUCCAGGAUAUUAUAAGGACCUAAGUGCCAUGUAUUUUAUGUAUUUAGUAGUAGAGCUUAUUUUUUCUUUAUGUUUGUGUGUAUGCAGUAUAUUUGAUUUAGACAGUUAAUUCUCUAGCUUCUGUUUUUACAUCCGUCAUACUUCCACACAACUGUAAUCAUCCCUACUGAUUUUGAUGAAGGUAGGGCUGGGACCUCCCCCUCUGAAGUACAUUUUCUGAAGUUUAACAGUAGACAGAUGAGUCACAUAUCAACAGUUACUCUAGAAGAUCAAAAUUAAUAAGCUUUUAGGAUUUUCUCAUAUGCUACAAUUCUAUAUACAAACCUUUCUUUACAGGUUUGAAAGAUUCAUAAUUCAUGCAUGCCCAAAGCAAUUAUGACCAGAUUUCCCAUAAGUGAAAGGAACAUCUAACUUCUCAGAGGUUUCGCAAUAUGCAGUCUGCACUGGUUUAAUAUGUGACAAGGAGACAAGCAAUCCAUGGAGAAUGGCAGUGGAUAAGAUGCAGAUAAGCAAGAAAGAGAAAUUAAGGAUGAAAAGACAGAGCAGUUUCUGAAAAGUCAGAUUGUGCACUUCAGAAUAAUACCAUAAAGGCUCAUCACUUUAAUCAGUUAUUGAUUACACCGUGGGGACUUUCUACAGAUUCCACUCAAUGCUGCUUUUAAAAUGACUUCUCCCCCAAAAUAACAGCCUUUGGCAGCAUCUGAAAGAAUGACACUGCAGUGAAAUCCAUAACAAAGACUGCAAGCAGAUGUCAUGACAAGAGGAGAACAGCAUCUUGCAAAGAAGAAAAGUGACCAGACAGUGAUACGUUGUGAUGAUGAAACAAGCACUGAAAUAACAGAGAAUUCCAAGAAAUGGAAGCUGCUGCUAGUAAAAGAAGAAAAGCUGAGUAUCAUCAGGGUUAAUAACUCCUACUUGAGAUCCAUGAAUGAUUACAGAGUUACACUUCUAUAUCGAACUUUCCAGUGCCAUUAGUAAUAUGCUGCCUGUCUGGGACAUCGGUACCCUCAUGGUGAGAAGACUAUUUCUUCUUCACACCAAAUAGAAGAGCUACAGGAACAAUGGCUUCUAAGGUCUCAUGCUUGUACGUUUUGACAGUAGUUUGCUGGGCAAGCGCUCUCUGGUACUUAAGUAUAACUCGUCCUACUUCUUCCUACACUGGCCACAGACAGGUCAGUAGCAUAUCAAUAGCCAGAAAAAAUGUCUCCUUUGGCAACAUAAGAACUCGACCUAUAAAUCCACAUUCUUUUGAUUUUCUCAUCAACGAACCUAAUAAAUGUGAGAAGAGUGUCCCUUUCUUGGUCAUUCUUAUCAGCACAACUCACAAAGAGUUUGACGCAAGGCAAGCAAUUCGGGAAACAUGGGGAGACGAAAACAAUUUUAAAGGAAUUAAGAUUGCCACGCUAUUUCUUCUUGGGAAAAAUGCAGAUCCUGUGUUAAAUCAGAUGGUAGAGCAAGAAAGCCAAAUUUUUCACGACAUUAUUGUAGAGGAUUUUAUUGACUCCUAUCAUAACCUCACUCUGAAAACAUUAAUGGGGAUGAGGUGGGUAGCAACAUAUUGUUCAAAAGCGAAGUACGUUAUGAAGACAGACAGUGAUAUUUUUGUAAAUAUGGAUAAUCUUAUUUAUAAGCUGCUCAAACCUAACACCAAGCCAAGGAGAAGGUACUUCACUGGUUACGUUAUCAACGGAGGGCCAAUACGAGACGUUCGCAGCAAGUGGUACAUGCCCAGAGAUUUGUAUCCUGACAGCAAUUACCCACCCUUCUGUUCGGGCACUGGCUACAUUUUUUCAGCAGAUGUAGCAGAACUGAUUUACAAAACCUCCCUUCACACCAGACUCCUCCAUCUCGAAGACGUGUAUGUCGGACUCUGUCUUCGGAAGCUGGGCAUCCACCCCUUCCAGAACAGUGGCUUCAACCACUGGAAAAUGGCCUACAGCUUGUGCAGGUACCGCAGGGUGAUCACGGUGCACCAGAUAACACCAGAAGAAAUGCACAGAAUUUGGAAUGACAUGUCAAGCAAGAAGCAUCUUAGAUGCUAAGAUUUUUACAGAUGUAAAUACCUUUUUUAACUUUUGCUUUACUCUGGUUAUUUUUUGACAAAGUGAUGUACUGAUUUACAGGUUAAACUGUGGGAUAUUACUGUGAGAGGAUUUUUAAUGACUGAUUUUUCAUUCUCAUUUUGACUACUGGUUUACAGACUUCAGGCUCUUUUCAUGAGGACAUUACACCACUCAAAAGGAUCCAUAGUCAAAGCUCAGAUUUUAUACAUUAUCCUCUAUCACACAUAUCAGCUCCUGCAUCUGUAUGUAAAAGGACAGUAAUAAGCUAUCAUGAGCUGCUUAACAGUUCAUGCCCCAGCCUCUGAGAUAAGACUCGGGCCCUACGAAUGAAGAAGAAUAUACUUUUAUCCCCUUCUGACACCCAACAAUCAUCCCUAUUUAGAGCUUUGUUAAAAAAUUGCACAGUAUAUAUUUUCAAAGAUCUCAUAUGCCUACCUUGGCAUCUAUAUCUUACAGAACAAUGCGUACGGUUUCCAAACAGGUUGCUGAUGGUGCAAUAGCAGAAUUUAGACAGGUAAGAACAUCAAAGUCUCACAGGCCUUAGAAACAAACUCACACACAGAAGCAUAUUUUUAUCCCCCAAAUGGUAUUCCUUUAAAUCAUUUCAUAAAAGACUUCAUUUCUUUCCACUGUAACAAGUAGACCCAAAAAUAUCUAAUCGAACUUUAAAAUGAAAUAGAAUCUGUAGAUUAAAUACAAGAUGGGAAACAUAUGGAAAAUCAUCUUAAACAUCAGCGAUAAGAUAAUUUUAAAGUGAGUGGAACAUUUCUCAUUAGUAUUGGUGCAUGUGAAUCUCUCCCUGUUUAGGAGUACAUUAAUGGGUACGAUAACAACAUGAUUUUUUAUGUGGAAAGAAGAUUGAAUGACUUGUAAGAAACACAUGAUUUUAUCAAAUGAUAAAAUUGUUAGUUAAUAAGCAGCAUAUUGCGUCAACAUCAGUUGGUAUACUUUUCAUCUGAAAAAAAUCUAACACAAAAGAACAUUUCUUAAGGAUAAACUCUCUUUUUUUGCUGCAGUGCAUAUGAAAGUGAGAUUAAACCAUAUUUUUAAUGGUUUUUGUCCAAUCAAUUUUCUGUUGGUUGGACAACACACAACUUUCAUAGAAAAAUAAAGAGCUUUUUUAUAAAAAUCCUUCUGCCUUUGUAGUCAAUCUGCAGCUCUCCACCACAGAACCAAUACUCACUGAGGUCCAGCUCAAAAAAGCACCAGAACUUGAGAAAUCCCCAGAGCAUGUGAUAAAAAUCAAAUAUGCAAGAUUGUAUUCAGGUUCUGUAAUGUACUUAUAUGUUCUAAACAUGAAUGUUAAUGAGACGUGAUGAAAAUUAUUUCCUGAAAAAAUCUUUGAUGUGUUCAUACCAUCCCUACUCAGCACUGCCUUUCAAAAAAGAACUAAAAUGUGAUAUAGCUUAGCAAGUGACUUGGAAUGAGGAACUCAUAGGCAAGCCACAAGUAUAAAACACACCAAGUGUAUUAUUAGCUCUGGAUUACUCACACCAUUCACAGCACACACAUAGGCUUCAUUCAUUUCAGUGGGAGAUAUAUGUAACAUGAAAAACUGUUAAGAAUGUACGUUAUUCAGGAUGUCUAUUAAGUAGUCAGAAAUUAACUGAACCAGAAUUUAAAGGAAAACUCUAUACUGAUUUUGCCAUGGGUGUACAUAGUACUUUAUAACAAUAGCAAUUAAAUGAGGGUGCUACCCCAAAAGGUUUGCAGUUUCAAGACAUGUUGUUAGUCUUAUUCACAGGUACAACACUAUUGUUUAAAAGGGAAUUACUUGUAAAUAAGGUGAAGGUUACCUGGCAUUUUGAGCCACAUACAGUAAAUGCCUCAGAGAUCUACUUCAAAUCUAGAAGGUGAACCUACAGAACAGAUAGUCCUGGAGUUACUGCUAAUCAACAGGAGCUCGUAAAAAUCAGUAAUUUAUACAAAAAUACUGAAUCUCCUGCAGCAUAAUUAAGAUUUAUCCUUCUCUAGUUGACCCAGUCCUUGUUAAAGUUGCUCUUGCUUCCUUACAAAUUCAGAACUCCAACAAAACAAGGUCCAACUAAUUGCAUAUAUGUAUAUAAGAAACACACAGAGUGAAAUUCAGCUUUUCUUAACCAGGUCCCAAAAUGUGCAGUUAGGGAAGGAAAACUAGGGUGGAAUUCAUCCCCAGCCCUCAGUAGGUCACAGAGCGUGAAUGCAACCAUAGCAGGGUCACACUUCGUAGUAAUUACAGCCAAGGCUGCAAUCUCUUCUACUGUUUGUUGAUACUGUGUUAUAAUUUGGGGUUUCUGAAUCCACAACCGCAUGGAUUUGGUGGCUUUAAUUCUUCCACUGAUGAUUCUAUAGUCUGUGGCUAGUAACACCAAGGACGGCAGGGCUCCCAGUCCUGAUACCUCAGGGCUCAAGUAGCACAGCAGCCUUGAAUUUCUCCUAGAAGUAGACUGCAUUAACAAUUGGAGCGUGCACCUUGAAAAUAACAUCUUGAAAAAUAUAUUUCCUGCCAUUUAUAAAUAGAUAGAUCUUCAAUGACAAUGUAAAUUUUCACCUUGGAAACUAUGUACAUAUUCCUAAGGCAUUUUCUUCUGUAUUCAGCUGUAUAUAUGUGUAGGGUCUGCUUGCUAUGUAGUAUUUUGUUAUGCAUGGAGCUGAAUUAGGCAUUAUAUUUGUCCAGUGUUUCAAGAGCCUUAAGCAUGUGUGCCCUAACUUUUGAAUGUACAAGACUUUUUUCUUUUAUCGUCAGUGAAUUUAAAUCUACAAAACCUAAUUUUCUAUCUGUUUUCUCAUACUAAGCUUCAUUAGAUUGUUACACAUAAAUAAAGAGAUUAAUUUUCUCUUUGCUCAGAAAUUGCAGUAUUUCAACCUAGACCUAGAAAGGGAAACCAUGACAGCCAUACAUCUACUCGUGGACAGCAUGGGUUUUACUCUCCCUUUCACUCAGAAGUAUUUGUGUCACCUUGGGUACUGUUAACGAAUAGCAGUGUUUGCAUUGAGCUUCCUUUAAACAGAAGAAGUAUUUGCUCCUUAAAGGUCAUUUUGUUUCACUUGGGCAUGGGGCAAAUGACAAUUUGGUUAAGAUGUUCUGGUUUUUAGUCACUUCAAAACUGUGAAGUAAUCAUAUAUUUAUUUCAAAGCAUACACUAACAAAGCACAUUGAACUAAGAAUCUAUGGGAAAAUGUCUCUCUUUUAGAGGAACUUUUCACAAAAUGCUUUUUGGCUAAAUUCAUGGGAGUAUUUAGACAGAAGUCUCAAGAUUUUCCAUCUUUCCUAAUAGUAAUCUGAAGUAUCAAUUUUGAUUUGUUACGGGGAUUUCUUUGUCUUUAUAACGUAGAUGGCAAUGGCAUUUGUAAAUGAAGAGUGUAAUUAACUAGAAAAGCUUGUCAACAGUAACCAAACUUUAGGUGUAUCAUUAUAUACGACUGGCUGUACUUAUGUAUUUAUUUGUCUAAAUUGUAUAUAUUGUUUUAUCUCCGGUGUCUGUAGGAGUGCAUUCUUUUAGAUUAAAGUAUUAUUUACAGUUUUGUGGGAUUGCCAGCAAAGCUGCUGAUCAAGAUACUAUUUUUUUGUAUCAAUGUCAAAUAAUAAUAAUAAAAAAAAAAGAACAACGAAGUCAAAUGAAAAA